GAUUCCAUUUAGUGCAAUUUGCAACUGUCUCUCAAUGUACCUCAUGGCAAUCCCACUGCAACGUAUCAUUGAACCACCUACAUAUCCCAUUAAUGAUUGGCGGUAUAAUCUAGAAGGCACAAGUUUUCUCUUGUCUGACAUUGAGUAUCAUUUGAAGAUCAAAGAAACGAAAGAACUCUUCAAGGAAAAAACUUGUUGUUUUAUAGAGCAAUACGAAAACUACACUGACGAUAAUGGAAUGCAGAUAAAUGGCAUUAGCACGGAAAGAGCAAAUGUUGCUGACAAUGUAGGUCUGAGAGCAGCUCAUCUGGCUUAUCAGACAUGGGUCAGAAGAAAUACAAAUGAGCGAAAUCUACCAGGACUGAAGUAUACGCCGGAUCAGUUGUUCUGGAUAAGUGCUGCUAACGUAUACUGUGAAUUAAGACAGCCAGAAACUUUUGAGUUAAGCAUUAACUCUGACGCAUAUAGCCCAGGAAAGUUCAGAGUGAUAGGACCGAUGUCCAACCUCCCAGAGUUCUCCAAAGCUUUUAAUUGCCCAUCAGAUUCAAGAAUGAAUCGAAAAAAUAAGUGUAAAAUUUGGUAGCAACUUAAUAAAGCCAAAUUUCAGGAA